GCCUCAUAGUGCGUAGCUCGGGCAGAGGCAGUGAGAAGGGGAAUGUCGGCUUGUGAAUGAUCGGUUUUGAGGCGGCAGGGAGCGUCAACGUUAUGGCUCAGCAAAAGAAUCUGGAAGGAUAUGUUGGCUUUGCAAGCCUCCCCAACCAAGUGUACAGGAAGUCUGUCAAGAGGGGCUUUGAGUUCACCCUGAUGGUCGUGGGUGAGUCAGGGUUGGGCAAAUCCACGUUGAUCAACUCUCUGUUCCUAACAGACCUGUAUUCAGCAGAGUAUCCUGGACCUUCACACAGAAUCAAAAAGACUGUACAGGUGGAGCAAUCCAAAGUUUUAAUAAAGGAAGGCGGCGUCCAGCUGCUGCUCACAAUAGUCGACACUCCAGGGUUCGGAGAUGCGGUCGACAACAGCAACUGCUGGCAGCCAAUCAUCGACCACAUAGACAGCAAGUUUGAGGACUACCUGAACUCAGAAUCCCGGGUGAACAGACGGCAGAUGCCCGACAGCCGGAUCCACUGCUGUCUGUAUUUUAUCGCCCCCUCGGGACAUGGACUGAAGCCCUUGGACAUUGAGUUCAUGAAACGGUUGCAUGAGAAAGUCAAUGUCAUCCCGCUGAUCGCCAAAGCAGACACCCUCACCCCAGAGGAAUGCCAACAGUUCAAGAAACAGAUCAUGCGGGAAAUCCAGGAGCAUAAAAUCAAGAUCUACGAGUUCCCUGAGACGGAUGAUGAAGAAGAGAACAGGCUGGUGAAGAAGAUAAAGGACAAGUUGCCACUGGCUGUAGUAGGAAGUAACACCAUCAUCGAGGUGAACAGCAAGAGGGUCAGAGGGAGACAAUACCCCUGGGGGGUUGCAGAAGUUGAAAACAGUGACCACUGCGACUUCACCAUCCUCAGGGACAUGCUCAUCAGAACUCACAUGCAGGACUUGAAGGACGUGACAAACAACGUCCACUAUGAAAACUACCGCAGCAGGAAGCUGGCUGCCGUCACCUACAACGGAGUGGACAACAACAGGGCUAAAGGUCAACUGUCCACAAAACUUGACACAGUUGAAGGAAUGAGUCCCCUGGCCCAGAUGGAGGAGGAAAGGCGAGAGCAUGUGACUAAGAUGAAGAAGAUGGAGAUGGAGAUGGAGCAGGUGUUUGAGAUGAAAGUCAAGGAAAAAGUGCAGAAGCUCAAAGACUCUGAAGCAGAGCUUCAGCGGCGUCACGAGCAGAUGAAGAAGAACCUGGAGGCUCAGCACAAGGAGCUGGAGGAGAAGAGACGCGUGUUUGAGGAGGAGAGAGCAAACUGGGAGGCCCAGCAGCGCCUGGAGCAGCAGAAACUGGAGGCCUCCAGGACUCUGGAGAAAAACAAAAAGAAAGGCAAGAUCUUUUAAAAGACAGUCAGCAGGACCACCCCAACUCGAGUUAUUUUUGUUUGCCAACGUUGCCGGUCAGGAUGCCAGUGUGUGGCACUGACAUCACCCACAUCCUCCUCCUCCUCUUCUCCCUCUCUCUCUUUCUCUCCCUUCCUCCCCCCUCUUCCCACCGCUCCUUAUCUCCUGUCCCUGCUCUGUCUGCCAGCACAGCUGUGCUCCUGCUCCCAGCCACCAGAGGGGGUAGUAUGGGUAUGUGAGGAGGUGGAGGGGGUCUGAAUGUACGGUCAGAGCCGCCACCACAGAGCCCCCUCGCUGCCUCGGGACUCAUCAUUAAAGAAUUGAAAAAAUAACCCAGUUUCAGAAAGGCCAAACCCAUAUUAUUAUUUUAAUUAUUAUUAUUAUUAUUGAUGUUAUAAUUAUUAUUAUUAUUAUUAUUAUUAUUAUUAUUAUUGUUGUUGUUGUUAUAACGGAAUCCUGUCCCCGCCCCCGACCUGCUGCUCUCUUUUUUUCCACCCCAAGGUUGCUUUGAAAUGAAUGAUGUGUACAGUUUUACGGAGAGCACAGACAAAAAAAUAAAUAACCAUGAGUCAUGUCUGACUGUUGUACAAUCAAGUUCUGGUGAAUUUUACUUGUUUACAGGAGUUAUGAAAGUAACAGUAUAUGAACAUUAACCCGAUCUUCCUUUGUGUAUUAAAGUAAGAAGAGGACGAGGCAUUAACUAAUCCUUUUUUCUUUUGUUUUGAGUGUAUCCGGUAAACCUUUAACCCUCCUCCUCAUCAGUGUGACAGAAAUGAAACGGAGUCAACAGAAAAAACCUUGAAACCAAGACAAACAAUAAAAUGCACCUUGGGCCUUUUUUAUAGAUUAAAAAAAUGGCUAAAGCUUCUUUUUUCUGAAAUGUAACGCUUUCUUUUUUCCUCUGUGUUUAGCUAUUUCCACUAGCCUUGGACCACCAUUUAUAAUGUCAUAAGUGUUAUAUUUCACUUUAGUUUAUUUUUAUAUAUACCGAGCCAGCUGAAGUAAUAACUUCUUUUGUAUGUUUAGAAAAUCCUCAGAGACUUGAGAGCGGCGUCCACUGUUUUAACAAGAAACACACUUUCACAUAGGACAGUGAUCCAUUGACGCUUUAAAAGAAAAACAAUACUUCAAUCACUCUGCGGUAACGAUCUGUGGGAAAUGAAGAGUCAACACCGCAAUUUGCUUUGGCUAUGUACUCCAUCUCUGUAUUUUUAAUUUUAUUUUUCAUUUGUAUUGUACAAAGUCACUUAAUAAACCUGUGAUGAUAUUGA